AUGAAGACCAAAUCUCUUUCAAAGCUCAUCAAGCAAGCAAUCACUCAGACCAACAAACAGAUACAGAUCAAGCCAGAAAAAGAUAAAAGCAAAACAAAGACAGCUAUAGAACAAGGUCAAUCCUCUAAAAUCUGUUGUGGUAUAUGCUUUGAUACUGUAACAAACUCUAAUAUGUUUUCAACCGGUUUAUGCAAUCAUCCCUUUUGUACUAAGUGCAUAUCCAAGUAUGUGAAGAUUCAAAUAAAAGAAAAAGUGGUUAAAAUCAAGUGUCCGGAUCCAGAAUGUUCUGUUGAACUCAAACCAGAACAUUUGCAAUGCAUUUUACCUAAAAAAAUCAUUGCUGACUGGGAAUCUGCAAACUGCGAGGCUUCCAUUGCUUUGAAGGAAAAAUUUUACUGUCCUUACAAGAAUUGUUCUCUUUUAUUGGUGAAUGAGGAAGCAGGCCGUGCUAUUACUAGUUGUGAAUGCCCUUAUUGUCAUAGGUUAUUCUGUGCACAAUGUAAAGUUCCAUGGCACGGAAAUAUGAAUUGUCAAGAAUUUCAGAAGUCGGAAAUAGGUCAAGGCUUAAAACAAUCCGAUAGGAAGUUUUUGGAGUUGGCUAAAAGAGAAAAGUGGAAGAGAUGUCCAAAAUGUUCUAUGCAUGUACAGAGAACUACUGGAUGUGUGGGUGUCACUUCUGCUACAUUUGUGGUAGGGAUUGGGAUGGGUUUCAUACUUGCAAUCAUCGGGCAAGAUAAGAAAUGCCGUCAAUUUCAGAAGUCAAAAAAGGUUCUAGGUGAAAAACAACUUGACAAGAAAUUAGCACAGUUGGCUAAAACUGAAAUGUGGCAGAAAUGUCCGAGAUGUUCUAUCCAUGUCGAGAAAACUUUGGGAUGUGAUUUCAUGAAGUGCAGGUGUGGAUGUUACUUCUGCUACACGUGUGGUAAGAAAUUCAAGGAAUUUCACUUUGCAAAUCAUGGCAAAGAGCAUGUUACAGGCUCAAAGACAAAUGAGAACAUUCGGGUUUUAGGAAGCUUAUGUGGCAAAAAUGCAGGAAGUUCUAUCUGUUGGUGA